AGCACCAGCAGGAGAGUCCCGGAGCUGGAAGAAGAAGAUACAGAGCGCAUGCUCCUGUGAACAUACACCACUGAACCCAUAGAAAGCAGCACACAGUCUGCAUAGGUGCAUUGUUGUUCCGGCCUCUCCUAGAGGAAAGGAAGGUCAGGACUCAGGAGGAUGCCUCGAGCCCCGACCAUGACCGCUUUCCUUGUCGCCGUGCUUGCCGCCCUCGUUCUCACGUCCGAGGGCCGCGUUUCUCGGAAGGACCUGGGCAUCGACCUCGGCGGUGGCAGCGGGGCAGGCAUCGGGAUCGGUGCUGGGAUUAGCAUUGGCAUAGGCGGUGGUGGUGGUGCCGGUGGCUCUGGCUCUGGCUCGGCGUCUGGCUCCGGCUCCGGCUCCGGCUCGGCCUCAGGUUCCGGGUCCAGUGCGGGCUCUGGUGCAGGAUCGUAUGCUGGAUCUGGCGCCGGCGCCGGCUCUGGCUCUGGCUCUGGUGCGGGUUCAGGAGCUGGGUCCGGAGCGGGUUCGGGUUCAGGGUACGGGCAAGGGCAAGGGUCUGGAUAUGGCGAAGGGCAUGGGUCGGGCCAGGGACAGGGUUCUGGGUCUGGCUCGGGAUACGGUCAGGGAAGUGGAUCCGGUCGAGGAUCUGGCUACGGCGAAGGCUCCGGUUCCGGCUCUGGCCAAGGAUCAGGAUCCGGCUACGGCGAAGGCUCCGGUUCCGGCUCUGGCCAAGGAUCAGGAUCCGGCUACGGUGAAGGUUACGGCUCCGGUCAUGGCCAAGGAUCUGGAUACGGUGAGGGUUCAGGAAGAGGAUACGGAGAAGGUUCAGGCUCAGGCUACGGCGAGGGACACGGCUACGGCUACGGCUCUGGUUCUGGGCAUGUGGCAAAUAAACAUGACUGAACAAUGUUCUCUGAGCUCUGAUGUUCUCUUCUCUUUCUGUGUAUCCAUCCAUAUACAUAAAUAAGUACACGUUACCAACUGUGGACAAAGAACUGUACUCUCUCUCUCUCCUCAAAGCAUUUCCUAUAUAGCUGUUCAAGAUACUGUUUUUCAUUAUAGACUACACUUUUUA